CAUUGUGCUACACGGACGGAGUCCACUACUCGCCGCCGAGAGAAGGCAACACCACGGCAGCCAUCAGACAGAGUUGAGAAAAUGAGGGUACUCUUCAUCCUGACAAUGUGCUUCGGCACUUCGGUGCUCGGCUAUUCAGACCAUGCCGGUUUGCUCUGGCGACCAAAGAUCAGUUUCCCUGUCGACCCAACAUCGCCAACGGUUCCUGAUCUUCAUUCACACCUCAUCGAUCAGGCGGUCGACGAAGCCCAGACUAUAAUCGUUCAGCAGAAACUUUUCGAGAGAGCAGCACUCUCGAACAAGGCUCACGCAUACCCGAUGUGUCCGGCUGCUCAACGUCACAUGCAGUUCCGAGCUGCUAAAGGUCCCGCCAUGCAUAUGGACGACAUGAGCACGAUAUUCGAGGAGACCACCAAAGUUCUUUCCAAAAAGAUGAAAAUGUUUUGGGAAGAUGAGUUCCACGGCCUGGCCCGAGCCAAUCUGGCCGGCUCGAAACUAGAGCACGCAGCUGCUCAGUGCCAUCAUCACUCGAACAUAAUCUGUACGGACAAGCCCUACAGAACUGCGGACGGUUCCUGCAACAAUCUCGAGCAUCCCGAUUGGGGCAAGGCGUUCACAUGCCUCCGUCGACUCCUUCCGCCCAGAUACGCUGAUGGUGUCUCAAUGCCGCGAAUUUCCGAAACUGGGCUCCAACUUCCAAACCCUCGGCUGGUGUCCACGACUAUCCACGUCGAUUUGGACCGACCUUCGCGUCACGUCUCCCACAUGCUCAUGCAGUGGGGGCAGUUCCUCGACCACGACUUCGCGCUUUCUCCCAUCAUGAGUCACCCCGAAGAAAUUGUGGAUCUCGGAAAUCCCAACGACGUUGUCGACUGUUGUUCGGAACACAAACGUGAUGAUCCCAAAUGCUUCUCGUUCGACAUCCCGGAGAACGAUAAAUUCUACAGCAAGUAUGGAGAGCAUUGCAUGAACUUCCCGCGAUCGGCCCGGUGUCCGCAGUGCGCCUUGGGUCCCCGUCAGCAAAUCGACGCCCUCACCUCGUACAUUGACGGCUCGAAUAUUUACGGUAGCAACCAAGAAGACACAUACAGGUUGCGUACGCUCUCUGGCGAUGGUCGUCUCAAGUUCGACGUCGGUCAACGCGGUGACAUGAUCCUUCCCGCCUCUUUCCACCCCACCAGAGACAGGUGCUCCCGACCCGAAGAAGGAGACCUCUGUUUCAGAGCCGGAGACGAGCGUGUGAACGAACAGCCCGGUCUCACCGCUAUGCACACCCUUUGGUUGCGGCACCACAACACGAUCGCCGACAAACUGGCUCGUCUCAACCCUCACUGGGACGACGAGAGAAUAUUCCAGGAAGCCAGCUCUUUUAUCGUUAAAUACUUGCGCAUCGUAAUCGCUCAAAUCCAGCACAUCACAUACCAGGAGUUCUUGCCCCUCAUUCUCGGCAAGGCUUUCUACAGGGAAUUCGGACUCGAAACUCUGCCCUACGGAUAUACGACAUACAACAAGAACAUUGACCCUUCGGUACUGAACGAAUUCGCCGGAGCCGUGUUCCGAUUCGGACACACGAUCCUCAACGGUCACUUCAUGGAAGUCGAUCCUCACGGCAACAUCAAGCGCAUUAAGCUCCAGGACAACUUCUUCAAACCCUUCGAAUUCCGUACCGGCAAAAUGGAGAGGAUUAUGCGAGGUCUCCAAAAGCAGGCGUCCCAGGUCUUCGACAAUUUCAUCACCCACGAUGUGACGAAUCAUCUCUACCGUUUGUCGAACGAAACGUUCGGCUUGGAUCUGAUCGCACUGAACAUCCAGCGCGGCAGAGAUCACGGUCUCCGGGGAUACGCCGAUUAUCUCAAGGGAUGCUUCGGUAUCGAGGUCAACACUUUCGAGGAUCUUGACAAUGUCAUGCCUCGGCCCGUGCGUCAGCGUCUUGAGAGUCUCUACGCGCAUGUCAACGAUAUCGAUUUGUUCACGGGAGGUGUCUCAGAGUAUCAGCUUCCUGGAGGUGUGGUUGGCCCUACCUUCGGCUGUAUCAUGGGCAUUCAGUUCUGGAGACUGAAGUACGGAGACAGGUUCUAUUACGAACAUGGCGGUCAGAUCGGAACAUUCACUCCAUCUCAACUCACGCAGAUUCGUAAGAUCACAAUGGCGAAAAUUGUCUGCGAUAACAGCGUCGGACAGCAGUACUCGCAGCAGUGGUCGCUGCAGAUGCUGUCGAACAGCAAUCAAGAGCUGCCGUGUGAAUCGUUCGCCGACAUGGACAUGAGCAAUUGGAUCGAGCAUGGCGGUGACAUCAAGAAGAAGAAGAAGUAGAUCAAUUCCCAACCUCGAGCAGUCGGAGGAAGCCAGGAUU